AGUAUAUAAGGGGCUCCUCAGUUAACUUAAAACAGUGUACACAAACUCAUCCGCUGACAGCUGAACAGCCAAAAUGGGAAAGAUCAUCUUCUACGAGGACAGAAACUUCCAAGGCCGCUCCUAUGAGUGCAGCUCUGACUGUUCUGAUCUUCACUCAUACUUCAACCGCUGCAACUCCAUUCGAGUGGAGAAUGGAAACUGGAUGCUGUAUGAAAACCCUAACUACUCUGGCCACCAGUACUUCCUAAGGAGGGGAGAGUACCCUGACUUCCAGCAAUGGCUGGGAUUCAAUGACUCCAUUAGAUCCUGCCGUAUCAUUCCUCAGCAACGUGGCUCCUACAGAAUAAAAAUCUAUGAAAGAGAAGACUUCAGAGGCGAGAGCAUGGAGUUUGUCGAUGAUUGCACAUCUGUCCAUGAGCGCUUUAAUUAUCAUGACAUCUACUCCUGCAAUGUGUUUGAUGGUCACUGGAUCUUCUACGAGCUUCCAAAUUACAGGGGACGCCAGUACUACCUGAGACCUGGAGAGUACAGGAGAUAUACCGACUGGGGAUCUAUAAAUGCCAGAGUUGGCUCUUUCAGACGUGUCAGAGAAUCCUAUUAGACCAAGGUGUUGAUAAAACUUAAAUACCAGCUUUGAAAUAAAAAUUAACCUACAAUA